AUGUAUAUUGGUGAGACUGAUCCUUUUGAGUGGAUCCAAAAGUUUGAAGCGGCAAUGACCCUUCACGGCGAGACGGAUCUCCUCAUGUGCAGGACUUUCCCCACACUUCUGGGAGAGAGAGCGCUGACAUGGUACACCACUCUACCAACCGGUAGUAUUGCAUCGUGGGACGAUUUGGCGAGCAAGUUUCAGUCCCACUUCGCAACCAAUCGCCCGGUGCCUAAGUCCGUUCACUCCCUUGAAAAGAUUCGCCAACAAUCUGGAGAGUCCCUUAGAUCCUUUUUGGACCGCUUUGAUAAAGAGGCUCUGCAAUUUCAAGGCUUAGACCCCAAGGUGCAAGUGCACAUACUUCUGUCAGGCUUGCGACAGGGAGCGUUCGCUUACGAACUCGCUCGCCAUGAAAUCACUGACUUAGAAGAAGUCAGGAAAAAAGCCCAGGAGUUCAUGAGAAUUAAAGAGUACAAAGGGAGUCGAGUUGAUGACGCCCAUAACCAAGAGAUGACGAUCGAUAAGAGUAAGAACCAAGCUGAAGAGAACAGGCGGAGUCAUAAAUCGUCUAAGUAUGCCAGUCGCCCUUCAGGGCGUGACACAUCAGGACGCCCAUCACAUAGCGUCCUGCAAACUGAGUACAAAGAGGAGCCCAAGAACAACCAACGGCCCCAGCAGCCGACCGGAGAAGCUGCCGCGUACUGCAAGUUCCACCGCAGCAACGACCAUAGUACUGAGGAAUGCAGACACCUUAAAGACGAGAUUGACGAGCUCAUCAAGGGCGGUGCUCAAAGGCGGGGAGGAGAAGGUGCGCGCCCGGCCAGAACUGGAAGGCGACAACGUGAGCGUAGCAGGUCACCAGAACAAAGGAGAAACAACCAGCUUGGUUAUCAACCUUGCCAUGAACGAGAUCGCGGAGAAGACUCCCCACGAGACCGCAAAGUGCCGGUUAACCAAAGCAAUAGAGGAAGACGAGAAGGAUAUGAAGAAGAUUCAGCAGUCAUCAAGCAUGGGGUGAUAAACAUGAUUUCAGGAGGCCUGAGCGGAGGCAGGGAAACAGUCAACACUAGGAAGAGAUAUUUGAAACAGUGUUUGGCGGUUGCUGGUAAAGUCAUCAGCAAAGUAAAAGUGGAUUCAGGUCCCGCCAAGCCUAAAAUCGUGUGGGAUUACAACGAUUUGGGCGACGUCCUUCCUGGACAUGAUGACCCUUUGGUCAUUCAAUCAAUAAUCGCCAAUUUCGGCGUCAAUCGUGUAUUUGUUGACCACGGCAGCUUUGCUGAUAUCUUAUUUUUGCCAUGUUUCAGGGCGUUAGGAUUUACAAUGAAUGACCGUUGCAGGUGA